AUGCAGUCUCGUAACUUUUGGUUGCAUAUGAUUCAAGCAGAGGUGUUCAAGCAAGAACUUUACUUACUCAAGUCAAACAAGAGGUUAUCAAGAAACAGCGCUCUGAUAUCAUUAAAUCCAUUCCUAGACGCAAAUGGUCUACUCCGCGUUGGCGGAAGAUUGGAGCAUUCUCAUCUACCAUUUCAAUCCAAACAUCCAGUUCUACUAGCUGAUCAUCCAAUUACUACAAUGCUCAUUCGCUACACGCACAUAGCCUCGCUGCACGCCGGUCUUCAGUCUACCCUGUCUAAAAUUCGCCAAGAAUUUUGGAUUAUAAAAUCUAGGCCUUUAGUUAAAUCAGUUAUCUACAGGUGCGUUCGAUGCACGCGAGAAAGAGCUCAGGUAGCCAAUCAGUUAAUGGGUCAACUCCCAUCAACUCGAGUCUCAACGCCAACGAGGGCGUUUUUGCACAGCGGCAUCGAUUAUGCCGGUCCAGUGCUCAUUCGAGCCUCUGCUGGUCGAGGAAUCACCUCACGAAAGGCUUACAUAGCCGUUUUCAUAUGUUUGGCAACUCGAGCCAUUCAUCUCGAGUUGGUCAGCGAUUAUUCAACGCCAGCAUUUUUGAACGCAUUUCAACGAUUUUGCGCCAGACGAGGCUUGCCAGCAGUUAUGUAUUCGGAUAACGGUACAACAUUCACAGGAGCCGAUAAAGAGCUAUCCCGCGCGUAUCGGGAUGCUCAACGCAAUACGGAUUUUCUCAAUUUAAUCGCAACAGAUAGGAUCACUUGGAGUUUCAUCCCGCCUCAUGCUCCUCAUUUUGGAGGACUAUGGGAGGCAGGAGUGAAGAGUGUCAAACACCACCUUCGUCGAAUUGUAAGCUCACACGCAUUGACAUUUGAGGAGUUCACGACAGUGUUGUGCAAAAUUGAGGCUAUCCUCAACUCAAGGCCGCUUUCUCCACUCAAUGAUACUCCAGAUGACUACGAGUUCCUGACCCCAGGUCACCUUUUGAUUGGGACUGCCAUUACUACGAAUCCGGAACCUUCCGUUCUACAAUUGAACGAAAACAGAUUGUCGCGAUG